AUGAAGAGUGUGCAGACUGGCAACUGUGACGUCACUGAAGAUGUGGCGGAUGACGUCACGGAGGAAAGAACUAGUCUUAUGGAUGCCAAUAGCAUAUCUUCCGGCAAAUAUCCCGAAGGAAAAACAUACUUCUAUUAUGACUGGACUAGACCUGGAUGCUAUGACGUCAUCGAGUUGAAGCCCCACGCGUCUAAAAACCCGAGCUACCGCCUCCGUCUCUCGUCUUCAGUGACCAUCAGAGUUCAGAGCAUCAAAGCCGUAAUUGUGUGUUGCCUCGUGGUGGCCGUCUCUGCUGGUGUAGACCGAAGUAGAGGUGGACGAGGAUCCAACAGAUUCCUUCCUGGAGGGUUGGCUGGCGUCCACGGAGGCGGUGUGUUUGGCGGCGGUAUUCAUGGUGGCGGUAUCCAUGGUGGAAUCCACGGUGGUAGUGCUAUUAUCGGAGGUGGAAUCUCCAAUGGCCCAAGUGAAUGCAGAUAUUGGUGCAAGACUCCGGAGGGUCAAGCCUACUGCUGUGAGACGGUGCACGAACCAGAGACACCUGUUGGCACCAAGCCACUGGAUUGUCCACAAGUCCGUCCCACCUGCCCACGUUUCAAUGGACCUCCCACUACCUGUUCCAACGACUACAAAUGUGCUGGCCUCGAUAAGUGUUGCUUCGACAGGUGUUUGGGAGAACACGUGUGCAAACCUCCCUCCUUUUUCAAUAACCAUCUCCCAUUUUAAAUCUUGUUAUGUCUAAAGAGUAAUCAGCAGUUUUCCGGAUAACCAAAGACAAGUUGUUUGUACAUGUAGAUUUUAAUAAAAUCGUAUAUGUUUAUAUC